AUGGCAGGUAAAUCUUCCAAAAAGCAGGCUCAAUCGAAUUUAUUGGUGCUGAGAAACUUGUACGUGGCAACCAUACCAGUUGUACUGCUAGCUUCAACGCGCCAGUGGAUCUCUAAACGAGAUAUUGUUAAUUAUAUUAGAUUUAUUUUGCUGCAUCUACCAUUAUUAGGAUGUAUAUACGUUUUGGAUUCAUCAGGUAGACCCAAGUACGAUUCAAAGAAUAAAUUGAUUCGUGAAGGUUUGGACCUCUCACAGUCUGGGGGUCUUACCGAAUAUAUGUUUGACGUUAUCUACUUAUCACUAUUUGGUGAUUUAGGUCACAUUCUAUUCAAUACCAAGAAAUUUUGGUAUGCAUUAAUCUUGGUCCCAGUUUAUGCCAUUUGGAAAAUUUAUGGAUUGAUGCCCAGUUUACCAACGGCCAAGGCUAAGGAUGGUGAUGAUCAGCAUCAAAAACCAGGACAAUCGAAACGUCAAGCCAAAUUGGCAAAAAGACAAGAUAAGGUCCAGGUCAAAUAUAGAUAG